GUGAAAGAAAGAGGAACACUAAACAACACUGGCACCAGUCAGGAGGGUUCUCCGUGGGACAGACUCAAUAAAACAGCUACACUCGCAAGUUCGAGAAGAGAAAUUUUCCAUCAUGAUCCACAGGUUGUUAUAUUACCGACAAAUAUAAUUUACUAGAUGGUGUCUUUAAUUUAUCAUUGGUGCCAAACAGCAAACCAUGGAUAGCUGUAAAAAUUCUUUAGAGCCUCUUUUAGUUAAAGUGUACGAUCACCUCCCGGUUGACGAAUGGACGCCUAGAGUUAGUCCCUGCCUUUGUUCUGUCAUGUUUUGUGGUUUUCUGUAAGGUGGACAUCUCUCUUGAGUCAAUUUAGGUUUAUGGGAAACUGCCCACCUACCCCUCUCCUAAGCUAACAUUAACACUUACUUCUCACUUUAGGCAAAAUUAUGAUGGCUUAGGGGAGGGGUAGGUGGGCAGUUUCACAGAAACAUACUAUCUAUGUCUGUCUUUGAGAGAGAGAGUUCACAAAGUUCCCCAAUCUUACCCUGGAAAAAGGAGUCUUGAUAAACAACUGUUGCGAUUGUUUAACAACACGUUAAAAUCAACUGACAGGAUGUGGUUCUUUUCUGUUGCAGGCCCCCAAUGACAGCUUGGAUUUUGUCAUCAAGUCAACCUAUGACCAUCAUAAAGAGUUUCUUUCCUCAAAGGCCGAGACCUUAGUACAACAUGAAACUGUUGGUUUGCCACAUGGGUAG